GCAGCAGGUUGGUCCUGGAGCAGAUGAGCGCAGAAUAUUUAGGCGAAAGCGAGGGGAGGGGGGAGCGCGGGGCAGGAGGAGUACCUCGGCCAAGAAAAUUAUGCAUGCGUUAGGCAAGCUCUGAGAGAAUGGCUGUGGAAGCUCUCCACUGUGGUUUGAAUCCACGGGGUAUUGAUCACCCUGCCCAUGCUGACGGAAUUAAACUGCAAAUUGAAGGCGAAGGUGUAGAAUCUCAAUCCAUUAAAAACAGAAAUUUCCAGAAGGUGCCUGACCAAAAAGGAACCCCCAAGAGACUUCAGGGAGAAGCUGAGACAGCAAAGUCAGCAACAGUGAAGCUGUCAAAACCAGUAGCCCUGUGGACCCAGCAGGAUGUCUGCAAGUGGCUGAAGAAACACUGUCCAAAUCAGUAUCAGAUCUACAGUGAGUCAUUCAAACAACAUGACAUAACUGGGCGAGCCCUGCUGAGACUCACGGACAAGAAGCUGGAGCGCAUGGGGAUUGCCCAGGAGAACCAGCGACAGCACAUCCUGCAGCAGGUGCUCCAACUGAAAGUUCGGGAAGAAGUCAGAAACCUGCAGUUACUCACACAAGGAUGAUAAAUCUCGGUGGAGUAUUCUCCAUAAUCAUGUGAGCUUUGCAAGCUGGUGUCCCGCCAGUGGAUAUGAGCAUGGCCUGUCCCCCAGAGAAAGACUGACCCAUGGCCCUGCCAGAAGAGAUCCUUGGAGCACUAACAGAUGAACCGGAUCAACUGAGAAAAACGCCUAUUUGGUCAAGAUUAAGAACAUUGUGUGAAAAAAAAAAUCUUAGUUUGCUGCGGAUUUUCAAAUGAGGUGCAUCACAUACAGUGCCAACUCGUUCCAAGUGGUCAUUGGCAGACCACCAGCUGGACAUUGGCUUCCAGUUUUCAUCACUGUGCAUAACUCAAGUUCCCCUUGGGCCCCAUCUGUGCCCUUCACUACAAGUCCUGUUUUAGCAUGGCAACCACUGGAUUAUUUCAUUAAGUGUGCAGAUGGCAUGAUGUCCUAGAAAAAAAAAUUACAAGAGUUCUGCAAUUUCAGUGGAAGGGUUCAAAAUAGUGUGCCCUGGUAGUAAUGUAAACAUGUCUAGAUUGUGUUAGUGACAAUGUCCAAAGGUGUUCUCUCCAACGCUGCAGCACUUUAUAUAAGAACACUACACUGAGAUAAAAAUAGCACAUUUGAUACAUGUAGGACAAGUGUUUUCUCUUUUCUUUAUAAGUCUUGUCUUAUUUCUGGCUCAGACUGUCCAAAACCAACUCUGCUCCUAAUAUCCUCACAGUUGUUUGUGGUAGCUCCGUGUAAAUAUGGCCACAAUACUGUUAGACCUCACCUGUUGACACUUAACUGGAUACCUGGAUUACUUAUAGCACAAAGGGAAGUAGACCCAAGUCUGGUGACUGGAAUAUUUGAAGUCUUGGUUCUUUAUACCUAGACACAACUUAACACAACACAUAAAGACACUCCAUACAGGAUGCUUCUCUUGGGCUGAUAUAUAUAUAUAUACCCUUGUCCCAUAGAGGAGAUCUUCCAAACAAAAAAGACGAUGCCCUUCUUUCCAUCAAAGACCAUUGUGGAUUGCUGCCAAGGGCAGCAGGACACAAUCUUCCUUAGUGGUUCCACUUCCACACUUAGGAAAUCUUCCCAAGGUCGAGUUGAAGUCACAGUUCUGGAGAGAAGCCACAAAUGACCUCCACUGUGUGCCAAGGGAAGUAACAUCUUUAGCCCACACAAGGUUUCUCCCUCAGCAUGGAAAUUAGUCUUCCUUUUAAUACCUCCUUGAAUGUAUAUAUGACUUAUUUUUUAUUUUAAUUCUAAAAACAAAAGCACAGUCCUGGGAAACCAGUCCGUUCAGUGAUGGCUUACCUGAACACGAGAGAAGUGCUCAUUCCUAUGGAUGGCCCCCCUGUGAUACAUUAACAUUUUAUCCCAGAAAUAGAAACUUGGCUGAAUCAAAAACUCAGCAGAGUAUAUAUUAUGAGCACUCCUUAACCUAAAUCAAGACCAACAGGAGUCAAAGACUAAUCUUUAAAAUAGAUGUAACAAUCUGGAACCCCUCCCAUAAGCAACCAAGACAUGCCGUGUUGUCUCCAAACAUUCAUUUCCUGUCUCCACUUGUUCCAAUUCAAGAAUUGGAGAGAGCUAAGUAUGAUGCACAGAGGGUGUCUCUCUACAGCAUGGCUCCUGUCAGGACAUGGGCUAGAAAAGGGACUCCUAAGAGAAGAGUCAGAGAAAUGAUUGUUACCAUGAGAUCUGGACUUUUUAGCACCAGAUCACCAUCAGAGCCAUCUAAGCCACCACGGACCAUAAUUCUCCAAGAAGCUGGAAUUGAUCAUCCAAACUCAGGCUGCCAACAUUCCAUUCCUAUGACCCAUCCAUUUUCCUUAGUUACCACAGCAGGGUUUAUGUGCCCUCCAUUCCUCCUUUUCAUUCAGCAGGCAUCUGUUGAGGGACCCCACCAUGUGCCAAGAACUGUACUGGGUCCACUCUGGAAUAUAAGGCAUAUUCUUCCUGCUUCUAUUAAAUCAUUUCUUUUUCUCAAGGAUUCCGACCUUUUCCCACAGUGCAAACUGAAUUGAGACACCCACACUCAUCCCCUCCACCUUGCCACAGAAACAUAGGAAAAUGUUCAUGGCAGACAGCAGGUAGAUCUCUCGCCUGAGUGAGUAGGCAGCUUCAUAGCACAUAGAGAAUCUUGCUAAAUGGCCAGCUAAGAUGAUCAGAGCUUCUCUCCGCAGCUCUUAGUUGUUUUCCUUGAUGCCCACCCCAGUCCCUAUACUUCCGUUCUUUCUGUAGACACUACUAUUUAUCACUAUGCUAGAUUCUCUGAAAUGCCAAUUCCAUAACUACUCCUCAAGGCCCAGAAUUGGUUCUAAUGAAUCCUAUAAAUCCUGCCAGGUGCUGAGAUAUUAUAGCUGGGAACUAACUGGUGUAGUCAGUGAUCGUCUGAGGCUCCUGCUCACGCCCUUGGAAAACUGGACUCACAUUAUGGUGCAGAUGUCCACUAAAUGAUCAUGGGCUAUUGCUGUUUUGUCUUUUGCAAAAUAAUCUGAACAAUUAAAAAAGAGUUGCCUCCUUUUUUUUUUUUUUUCUAAGUCAGAGGAAUACUGUACCAUUAUCGAAAGACAAUGGGUAAAGACGGAAAUGGGAAAAAUGCAAAAUGAAGGUCCUUAAAGAGCCCAGUCGAAAAUGGUGUCUCUAAAUAUGCCUUAACGCUUGGCACAACCUACAUAUUUGCAUAUGAGCCCGUACUGUUUUCCAGACUGUCGACCUCUGUUUGAAAUCAUUAUAGGUUAGGAAACAUGGUGGUACAAAAUCUGUACAUGUACUAUCAAAACUAGAGAAAAAUGGAGAAAUGAUUUUAUUCACAGCCUUCGGCCUCCUUGUAGUAUGGAGAUGCUUCGUGAGAUUGCCCAAUGGUUCCUUCUUGAGUAUGUAGGGGGGUUGGGGGGGGCAGUGUAGGUGAAAUUUCAUCUUCCAGAAACCCAGACGUGUCUAUGAUGAGUUUUGUUUCAUAGGACAGGCAUAUAGGGAGGUAAGGGGUAAAUUCUUUGAUAUCUAAAGACUGUAAAUCAUUGAGGCUUAAUGUUUCCUUUUACUUAACCGUGUGCUGCCCCUUUUACGAAAAGGCUGACACUCACUAUACAGGAAAGGCACUCUUGGGUAUGAACUGAAAUGAACAAUUACCAGGCUCUCCAGGGUGCUGAGGAGAUUAGCUCGGUUCAGAUCCAGAACUGAAUUUAAAUAUGCAGAGCAAAUCAUGCCAGUAGCUUGGGACUUGCCUUGGGAGCGAUAGGGACCCUAUCAACUUUCUUAAUGGGACGUGUCUUACCUUUAAAUCCCCACCAUAGCUCCUUGACAUGUAUAGCCACCACUUUGAUUUCUACAUCCACCGCACUGGUAAACAAGCCAGCUUCUCUCCAGGGUCAUUCCGCAGCUGCCCAAACAGAGGCAUACAGUCCUCAGUACUGAGGGAAAACGUAACAACAUUCAAGUGGGGGAGGGGAGAUCAAGGAUGCCUGUGAAUAUAAAGAUAAAAACCUCUCCCAGAUCCACCCCACACACCUUAAAUGCUUUCUUUGUAUACAAAUGCCACAGAAUUAGUUUUGGAUAGCAACAAUAAAAGUCUCAAGGAAGUAAAGUUUUCAAGACACCCCUAACACUUUUUUUUUUUUUAAUCAAAACCUCUUCCCCACACAUUGGCAGCUUUUUGCGAUGUUUUCUUCCCUGUUCUUUAGAGUAAUUUUUGCAACUUGACAACUAGACUUAAAGCUGCCAUAGACUUAAAAUUCUAAUCUUUGAAAGUGACAAAAAUUCCUUUAUUCUUUAAAGGCUGAUUCUAUUCAUCACCUCUCCCACGGCCCCCUCCAUCCCACUUUCUGCUUUAUUGUAUGUGUGUGUGUGUGAUUUUUUUUUCUUCUCAUCUCCUUCUCUUCACAUAAUGCUGUAAGUAUAUUUCAAGCAUUCUAUAAAGAACUCAAACAGAAGCACAUAGUCCUCACCACCACCCCUGCCCUGACUAUUAAUCCAGUCUUAAGGUUGACCUUGAUGCCACCCCAAGCAGUAGUGGAUCCACAUUUUGAUCUCCAGAAAGUCACUGGUCCAUGCUGAUCAUUAAAACAAUGUCAGUGGGAUUAGAGCGGAGGACAGGCCAGGAGACAGAUCAACUGGAGCCCAGCUGAGGACUCUAGUUCAAAGACAAGCAAGCCUCCUCCUCAAUCUCUUUAGAUCUGGGUCUAAUCCCGGAACCAGAGAAAGGUCCUGUGAGCUCUGGUUUAUCACUAGACAGAACUCCUAGCAGCUUCAAGAUAAAAGAGGGCUGAUUCUUUUGCUUUUCUCCAGUGAUGAUUGUUAGCUGGACUACAGAAUACUUCUGAAAGCUCCUGCCGAGGGAAACAGGGACCAAGCGUGCCUCCUUUGUGACAUUGACUAAAGUGAUGGCCACCUCUGUCCAUCACUGUAGUUUCAGAGGCAAAAAUCCUGGGUGAGGAUGUGGGAAGGGGCACACUAUUUCCAAACUCUAAAGUGUGUAGCAAGAAAUCUAGGUGACAAAAUGAAAAAGGGAGAGACCAUCAGACACGAACCAGUGCUGGUUCCUGCUUCCCAUCCAAUGACCAAGAAAUGACUUUUACAGAACAGUGCAAGCUAGUCAUGCCAGGUUUUAUAAAGAGGACAUUUCAUUGACCAGAUAAGGUGGUUUGGAACUAGAGUGUUGUCAUAGGCUUUGACUUGAAGAUUGUUGAAUUAAAUAUACAUAUAUAACAAGCUAACUACAUUGGAAACUGACCACGGACUCAGGAAGCUUUGGGCAAUUUCCAUGUCUGAAUCCCAUACAUCUACUCCAAGAUAAGCCUGUGUUUCCUCUCAUAGGAAUUGCAGGGGUGAGGUAUAUGCCAGUUCUUUUACAUGUUUAAAAAGACCUCUGUUGGAGCAAGGAGCAUAAUUAGUUUGUGAGUGUUUUCACAGCAUGCACAAAGCUAUAAGUUGGAUCCCCAGCAUCACAUAAACUGGUAGAGUGGUACAUGCCUCACAUUCCAGCACUUGAGAUAGAGAGGCAAGGGAGAACCAAGAGUUCAAGGUCAUCCAGGACUGCAUAGCAAUUUUUAGGCUAAUCUGUACUACGUGAGAUCCUGUCUCAAAAAAAAAAAAAAA